AUGGGAUCCCCGGCCAGGGAGUCGUCGGGCGGCAGCGUCAAGUCGAGGAAGAGCAAGAAAUCCUCCAACCAGGGCGGCGACGAAUCCCCCACCGGCCAGGACCAGCCAUCCAUUCCAAAGCAUUCUCGCACCCGAAAGUCGAGAGCCCGAUCGAAGGAUCAGCCCGAAAAUCCCGCUGCCGCCGACGGGCUUCCCCCGACGGCGGACGGUGGCUCCACCAAGAGCAACACCGCCGGCCAUCUAACUUCAGUUUUGGACGCCUACCAAUGA